AAACUAUCGCAUGAUCGCAUCCCUUCCUUUUCUUCUUCUGCCGAGCAGCAGCCAGCAGAGCCUUCGCCCGCGGCCACAACCAGCGCAGUCGCCGCCGCUCCCUCGUUUCGACCCAACUCCCUGCCCCACGUCUCACCGCCGCUCAUUCGCCCCCUCGUCUCAAACCAGGUCCCCAACUCCUCGCCGUCGCUCCCCGCCCGACGCAUCGACCCAACUCCCCGCCGCCUUGACAGCAGUCCCCGCCCCUGCCUCAAUACUAGCUUAGAUCGUUUCAGGUUGAUAGAUGGAAUCGAGUGAUGUAUCAAGUCAGCCGGCUUAAUCCGGUUGAGCCCCGAUUCGACCAUUAAACCUCAAAUCCCUUGUUAAACCGGUUAGAGGACUUAAUCCGGUUUGACAACCUUGCUCCAGCCCUCUCCCCGCCUUCUCCGAAUUCAACUCCAAAACGCUCCCGCCUAAACUCCCUCCAGCUCCGACAUUAAGAAUGAGGAAGUUUUUCGCUACGACUGGCCAGACAAAAGAGCAACAUCUAGAAAUCAUGUAGGAAAGUGGUUAAGUGGGGGGAAAGAUUCUAGCUUUGUUUGCGGUGGUUGGCUCCUCUUUCUCCCACUUAAAAACCAGACAGUCACUCCUGCCAUCAUGGGUAUUGACUGUCUAGUUCUAGGUGCCGGGCAAGAAGUUGGGAAGAGCUGCGUGGUGGUAACAAUCAAUGGGAAGCGAAUCAUGUUCGAUUGCGGGAUGCACAUGGGUCACCAUGAUGACAAACGUUACCCUGAUUUUGCUCUCAUUGACGGUCCCCUAGAUUGUGUUAUAAUAACUCACUUUCAUCUGGAUCAUAUUGGCGCGCUUCCUUACUUCACUAAAGAGUAUUCGUACAAUGGUCCUAUUUACAUGACGUACCCGACAAAGGCGUUGGCCCCUUUGAUGUUGGAGGAUUUUAUGAAGGUAACGGUUGGAAGGGGUGGGGAAGAGAAGUUUACCACUGAUGAUAUAUCUGAAUGCAUGAAGAAAGUUACCCUAGUUGAUCUGAAGCAGACUAUACAAGUUGACAAGGAUCUUCAAAUCCGUGCCUACUAUGCAGGACAUGUUCUUGGAGCUGCAAUGUUUUAUGCAAAGGUAGGAGACGGGUCUAUGCUCUAUACUGGUGACUAUAAUAUGACACCAGAUAGGCAUCUCGGGGCUGCACAAAUUGAUCGACUAGAACUAGAUCUCGUUAUAUCUGAGUCAACUUAUGCAACGACUGUACGUGAUUCAAGAUAUGCUCGUGAGAGGGAGUUUCUUCAAGCUGUUCAUGAAUGUGUUGAAGGUGGAGGAAAGGUCUUGGUUCCAACAUUUGCACUUGGGAGAGCUCAGGAGUUGUUCAUUUUGUUGGAUGACUACUGGGAGCGCAUGAAUCUCAAGGUUCCAAUAUAUUUCUCGUCAGGUUUGACAAAACAAGCUAAUAUUUACUACAAGACCUUUAUGAGCUGGACCAACCAAAAGAUCAAAGAUACAUACGCAAUGCACAAUGCCUUCAAUUUCAAACAUGUUGUCAGUUCUGAUCGGUCAGUGAUAAAUACUGUUGGACCUUGUGUUCUCUUCGCCACAUCCGGAAUGCUCAGUGGUGGCCUUUCCCUGGAGGCUUUCAAGAAGUGGGCUCCUUUCAAGGAGAAUCUCGUAACAUUGCCUGGGUAACAAUCUAUCGUGUAUAUAUUUUGAUGACAAAUUGUGAAAAAACCAAUUUCUUUAUGUUUGUGUCAAGUUUCCAGCAUUUCAUGGUAAGAAAGAAUCAUCAAUCCUUGUUGCACACAGGGUUAGCUGCUCGUGGCAAGUGAAUGAGACAUUAGUGUACCCUUUUGGCUCUUGAAAUUAUAGUUAAUGACUGUUGCAAUAUCUGAAAGCCUCUCCAUGACAUGAAUGUAUAAAGCUGUAGAAUCUCAAACUGAACCUAGAAGAAUUGUACUUUCAGAUAAAAGCUGCCUUUUAAUGAGUUAUUAUCUGUCCAUAUUUUACAGGUACUGUGUAGCAGGAACAAUAGGCCACAAGCUUGUGGCUGGCAAACGUACUAGUAUCUAUGUGGACAGUGAUAGCCAAAUAGAUGUCCGUUGUAAUAUCCAUCAGUUGGCUUUCAGUGCACAUACUGACUCCAAAGGAAUCAUGAAUCUUCUCAAGUUUUUGUCUCCGAAGCACGUUAUGCUAGUACAUGGAGAGAGGCCCGGCAUGUUCCGUCUCAAAGACAAGAUAAAGUCUGAGAUGGGAAUCGAGUGCGACGUUCCAGCGAAUGGUGAAACGGUGAAGAUUCCAUGUGCCACCCUUCAUGUGAAAGCUCAAACCUCAGAUGCAUUUGUCAAGAGUUGCCAGAGUUCCAAUUUUAGGUUGUCAAGAUGUUCCACAUCAUCAGGUCUCGUAGUAGCAUCAACUGAUCCCUGCUCGCCUCUGCUGGUAAGUGAUGAUAGAGUUGGUGAAGCAGUGUUAUUGUUGGAUCAAAGCAAGGCGAAGGCUAUGCAUCAAGAUGAGCUGCAGCUGCUUAUGUCAGUAGAAGAAAAACCCUAGGCGGUUAUGUUUUCUUCAUUGCUUUCCAGUUAGAAGCACUAACUUAAUGCAGGUGAUGCGUGUAAGUGCCGUCCCGGCCCACAACUAAACCUCUCUGCUGGUUUCGACAUUAUUACUUACCAGUAACCUGCUGGAGUUUACACAACAUAAAAAACCAAUGAAAAGCCAAAAUUUCAAGUUUGAUGAAUUUAUCCCCACUCUAUUGAUCGUUGAUGGGUGUCAAAUCUGUGCGGUUCAAGAAACAGACAUAGGAAAAAUUAUGGGAAAUUGCGGUUUAACUGGACUUAUUUAGCU